AUGGGGGUGACGAACAGCGCAGCCGCCUUCCAGCGCGUCAUGAAUGACAUCAUCGCGGCCAACAACCUGAAGGAGACCUAUGCUUGUUUGGACGACCUGACCAUCUGCGGCCAGACGAGGGAGGAGCACGAUGAGAACCUCCGGGAGGUUGCCGAUGCGCUCCACCUCACGCUGAACAGAAGCAAGAGCAAGAUCGGCCUGGAGACGCGUCACAGCAUCGUCGAAAAGGAGGCCUACGCCAUCGUGGAGUCUAUCAGAAAGUGGAGGCACUUCCUAACCCACCACUUCAACCUGCUCACUGACCAAAGAACCGUGAGUUUCAUGUUCGACAACAAAGUGUCGAGCAAGAUCAAGAAUGAAAAGAUUCUUCACUGGAGAAUCGAGCUCUCGCCACUCUCGUACACCAUCAAGUAUCGACCAGGACGAGAAAACAUUUCUGCUGAUACGUUCAGCCGCGCCCACUGCGCAGCCGCCUCACAUCCGGCCCUGGAGCAGCUGCACGAGUCUCUCGUUCACCCCGGAGUAACGGGGUUGCUGCACUUCGUGCGCAGCAAGAAUCUGCCCUACUCCGUGGAUGACGUGCGCCGCGUCACCUCCAACUGCCCGGUCUGCUGUCGAUGUAAGCCGAACUUCUUCAGGGCCACCUCCGCGAAGCUGGUGAAGGCUACAUCUCCAUUCGAAAGAAUCAACGUGGACUUCAAAGGUCCCCUACCCCCAAGUCCGAACGGCAACCAGUACAUCCUCACUAUGACCGACGAGUUCUCUCGGUUCCCGUUCGCCUAUCCGUGCCGGGACAUGACAACCGCCACCGUGAUCAAAUGCCUCACUCAUCUCUUCUCCAUCUUCGGGAUGCCGGCAUACGUGCACUCCGACCGCGGUUCAGCUUUCAUGUCAGCUGAGCUUCGAUCAUUCCUGACAGGACUGGGGAUCGCCACGAGUCGCACGACACCGUACCACCCCGAAGGCAACUCACAAUGUGAGCGGCUUAACAGCACCAUCUGGCGUGCCGUUCAACUCGCUAUGGAGAGCAGGAAGUUGAGCAGAGGACAAUGGGACGCCGUCCUGCCUGACGUCUUGCAUUCUAUCCGGUCUCUGUUGUGCACAGCAACAAAUGCCACCACACACGAAAGGAUGUUAUCUUUCCAGCGGCGGUCUGCGACGGGAACUUCUCUACCAUCCUGGCUCCUCAACCCCGGGCAGGUUCUCUUGAAGAAAUACGUCCGCGGAAAGCUUGACCUGCCAGUCGAGCCAGUCGAACUCCUGGAGGCGAACCCGCACUACGCUUUCGUGCGCUAUCCCGGCGGUAAGGUCGACACGGUCUCUGUGCGAGAUCUCGCCCCCGGCGGUUGUGCACAGCAACAAGGAAACGAGAAGGGAGAGGAAGCGGGCGAGCCGGGGUCCCCGGGCAUCCGUUCGGAGCCCUCGAGCACGCCACUUUCGAGCCGCCAGUCCCCGGUGCCCUCAAGUGCGCCGCCAUCGCACGAGUGCACACUCAUAUCGGUCGAAUUUAGUUGA